AUGCUACUCGGACGAAAGCCGCCUCUCACAAAUGAGGAAGGGGAGGAGGACAUUCUUAAUCGUGGUCCGAAUAAAACGGAGGCUGUCACUUCGAGGAAGGGUGCGGUAAAUGAAGUGAAGGAGUUAACACCAUUAAAAUCCCGACAGAAUUCUGAAAAGCUGGAGGAAAAUCUUUUUGAAGAUAUUGGGGUUCAUUAUGAGCAACCGAUUACGUUGGAAAGUGUUGAUAGGGAAAGGCAACGACUAAUUGACGAGUUUUUCAAGCCGAUUAUGAACAGGCGUUCGGAACGUGACAAAAAAAUUUGA